AUGUCUAACAGUGGUAUAAGAAGCACUUGUAAUGCUGACAAUCUUUUCAGUUGUGGCUCCAGCAAAGUAUUUGAUGCUGAUGAAGGCAUCUGCGUUGAGAAAAAUGACUGUUAUGAAGAGUCAUGUCUGAAUGGUGGAACAUGUGUCAGUCAGUACCCCUACAGCAAUUACCAGUGUCUAUGCCCCAAGGAUUUUUGGGGUCAACAGUGUGAGCACAUGGUUCAAGAACAAUCUGUGAAACUUAGCUUUGGUGCUCUGCUAGUAGUAAUAACAUCCUUCAUAAGUGUUCUUGCUUUAGUGGUAUUUCUUGUGGUUUGCAAAUGGAAACAAGCAAGGAAGUGUAAAGUCCCAGGACCAAAAGAAGACAUUCGUGAAAAUAUCAUUAUUUAUGAUGACGAAGGAGGUGGUGAAGAUGACAUGACAGCAUCUGAUGUUAAACCCCGUAAAGUUACAGUACCAACCUUGGCAGUAGUUGAGACAGUGGAAAUGAAACCAUUGCCUGUACAAACAAGUAAAGAUGUUGAUGCUUUAGUGCAAAAAUACAUGAAGCAAGCAGAUGAAGAAAUUGGUUGUCUAUCAUUUGAUGAUCUACGCAGUUACAAUGACGAAGGAGGCAAUAGUGUAACUUCUUCUCUCUCUUCCAUUGUGUCUGGUUCAGAUGACAAGGAGCAAGAUUACAGCCAUCUCUAUGCAUUAGGAGCAAAAUUUAGCAGACUCGCAUGUAUGUAUAAUAAGGAGGAAACAACAGAGGAAGAGGCAGCACAGUAA